AGUAGGUACCUUCUGAGAGAUUCGAGAACUUGACAUUCAUAUACUUCGUAUCAUUUGCAGUAUUAUCUACAAUGACAGAAGCUCAAGAGAACUCCAUUACCAACAACAGCAUGGAUAACAGCAGCUCGAAGGAUGCGGCUGAGAAGCGACAACCUGCUCCUUCAGGGGACGGUGACUACCCUCCCAAAUCGACAGUUCUCAUCACCGUCGCCUGCCUCAUGCUCACUCAAUUCCUCGUUGCACUGGACCGAACAAUCAUUGCAACCGCCAUACCAAUAAUCACGAACCACUUCAAUUCCCUUGACGAUGUAGGCUGGUAUGCCUCGGCGUACCUUUUGACUAUGUCAGCCUUUCAGCUUCUCUUUGGUCGAAUCUAUACCUUCUAUUCACCGAAAUGGGUCUACAUCUCCUGCAUCGGUCUCUUCGAAAUCGGAUCCUUGGUCUGCGGCGCUGCCCCCAACUCGGUUGCUCUUAUCAUCGGUCGAGCCUUGGCCGGCAUGGGUAGCGCAGGCAUCAUGUCAGGGGCCAUUGUCAUCAUCGUCUACCUUGUCCCUCUGGAAAAGCGGCCUGCUUAUACUGGCAUCUUCGGCAGUGUCUUCGCUGUUGCUUCCGUCGCCGGACCACUUUUGGGCGGUGUUUUCACAGACAAAGUCAGCUGGAGAUGGUGUUUUUACAUCAACUUGCCAAUUGGCGGUGUCACGAUGGUGGCCCUUGCAUUCAUACUCCAGCUGCCCAGCAUUAAAAAGAAGUCAACUUUCAAGGAACAACUGCACCGGCUGGACCCCAUAGGCACAGCUCUGUUCGUCCCUUCGAUCAUCUGCCUUCUUCUCGCCCUACAAUGGGGCGGCACAACUUAUAGCUGGGCCAAUGCCCGCAUCAUCGUCCUGAUCAUCCUCUUCGUCCUCCUUUUUAUCGGAUUUGUUCUUGUCCAGUGUUGGCGACAAGACAAUGCUACGGUGCCUCCACAUAUCAUCAAGCACCGCUCAGUGGCUGCUGGGGUGAUCUUCUCAUUCUUCAGUGGGGGCAACAUGAUGACCAUGGUCUACUACCUUCCCAUCUGGUUCCAAGCCAUCAAGGGCGCUUCGGCGGUCCACUCUGGUAUCAUGAACAUUCCAGCGGUUCUCGGCAUCACCAUUUCAUCAAUGUUUUCAGGCUUCGCUACGCGGAAGAUCGGAUACUUUACUCAUUGGAUGUACCUGAGUACUGUUAUCACUUCUGUCGCCGCAGGGCUGAUAUGUACGUUCACUGUGUCCACCGGACACAGUCGCUGGAUCGGCUAUCAAGCAAUGUGGGGUCUCGGCCUGGGCUUCGGCAUGCAGCAGCCGAGUGUUGCUGCUCAGGUAUCGCUCAACAGGAAAGACGUCUCGACAGGUGUAUCAGUCAUAUUUUUUGCGCAGACGCUAAGUGGGGCAAUCUUUGUCAGUGUCGCCAACAACAUCUUCGACAACAAGCUGGCCGAGGGUCUGAGCACUAUCCCGGGCAUCAGUUCAAAUGUGGUGAAACAAAUUGGCGCGACAGACCUGCGAAAGGUUGUGCCGGAGCAAUCGCUGCAGGCUGUUCUGGUGGUAUAUAACCUGGCUCUGAGAAAUGCGUUUUACGUCUGCGCUUCGCUUGCCGCAGCUACCAUACUCGGCUGCCUGGCUAUGGAGUGGAAGAGCUUGAAGAAGGCGGCUGCCGAGCAACAGGCUGCUGCAAAGGCGGAGAGAAAUGCGCUUGGGUCCGCUGGAACGGCUGAGACUCGACAAGAACAGUCGCAAGGGCAACAAGGUAAGCAUGAGAAGGAGGUGGAGGAGGCUUGAAGGAAUCUUUCACAGGAUGUCGCUUCUGAGUGUGUAUGGCAAACUUAUCGGCAUUGGAACACAGAAGGAACAUUGAUGCAGGAUGAAACACUGUCUACCAGCGACGUAAUGUGCAUUGAUACGUAAUCUCCACUCGAUUGAUCGAGAAC